AUGCUCCUCACGGUCAAGCUGCUCCUGGGCCAGAGAUGCCGCCUGGAGGUGUCUGGGAAAGAGAGCGUGGCCAUGCUGAAGAAGCUGGUGUCAGAGCGGCUACAGAUACCUGAGGAGCAGCAGCACCUGCUCUUCCGUGGCCAGCUCAUGGACGAUGACAAGUGCCUCUCUGACUACUGCAGUGGGCCCAAUGCCUCCAUCAAUGUCGUCAUUCGGCCCCCGGAGAAGGCGCGCCAGGCCCAGCCCAGCCCCUGGCCGCAGCCCCUGUGGCACCAGCUGGGCCGGGUCUUGGCCAAGCACUUUGAGCCGCGGGACGCUGAGGCAGUGCUGCGGCUGCUGAGGCAGGAGCACGAGCAGCGUCUGCAGAGGGUGAGCCUGGAGGCCUUGGAGCAGCUGGCACACUACCUCCUGACCGAGGAGCCCCGUGUGGAGCCGGCUGGAGAGACGGAGCCCAGGGCCCUGGCCUCGGAGGCACCCACUGUGCAUGAAGGAGGAGAAAAAGGCUGA